GCUGCAACCGCCCCACCGUACUUUGAGCUAUCCAUAAACUUUCAGACUCCGUCGCCAAACCAUUGCAACCUUGAUAAAGCUUCCCAAUGGGUCUAGCUAGGAGGGACCCGUUAGCUGUACAGCUUCACCGGAGAACUGUCCGUCAAAGAGGGCAAGAUGGUGCGCCGACAACCGGACGAUAAGAGGCUAGCUUCAGGUAGUCUGUAUAACAUUCCUCUUGUUCAAGCGUUGAACUUGCUGCCUCUCUUGUCUGCUUGUCCAAGAAACCUUUUCUUCAACCGUGAUCAUGGCCCUUCUGACUGCCAUUACGCUUGCGGCGGCCUUGCCUUUGGUUGCGAGUCAAGCAGUAUCCAACGAGACGGUCCUUGGUGUGUACAUGUUCCACCGCCAUGGCGACCGUACCUCGAAGUCAACCCCUCCCGCCAACCUCACCGAUCUUGGUUACCAGGAAGUCUACACCUCCGGCCAAUACUACCGCAGCCGGUACAUCGCCUCUAACGCCGCCUACAAGAUCAAUGGGAUCAACACGAACAUCGUUAAGCAAGCGCAGAUCUCCGUCUCUGCCCCGUCAGACACCGUCCUUCAGAACAGUGCCACGGGCUUCCUGCAAGGCCUGUAUCCUCCCGUCGGACCCAGCUACGACACUGAGACGCUGCGGGAUGGCACCGUAGUGACUGCGCCCAUGCAAGGGUAUCAGCUGAUCCCAGUCGCACUCGUGAGUGCCGGCACUAGUAGCGAGGACAGCGGCUGGCUUCAGGGUGCAAGCGGAUGUGCUGCGGCCACCGUGUCGUCCAACAACUACUUUUCCAGCGCACAGUACCUCCACCUUCUCAACAGCACCCAAUCCCUCUACACCGGCAUCGCACCCGUCAUCAACAGCACCUUCACCGCCGCUCAGACCAGCUUCAAGAACGCCUACACAAUUUAUGACUACAUCAACGUAGCCGAGAUCCACAACUCUAGCAUCCCUUCAUCCAACCUCAUCACCAACGACUCCUUCUUCCAGCUCCGCACGCUAGCCGAUACGCACGAAUGGGGCCUCGCCUACAACGCCUCCGACAACAUGCGCGCGGUCGCCGGCAUGACCCUCGCAGCGCAGAUCGUACAAUACCUAAACACAACCAUCACGAGCAAGGGAGCAGCAAAGAUCGGCAUCCAAUUCGGCGCCUACGGUUCCUUCGCCUCCUUCUUCGGCCUAGCCAUCCCCGACAUUGCUACGGUAGCACCAGAGCUCAUGGGCGUGGCCGACUACGCUAGCGCACUGACCUUCGAGAUGUUCACCAAUGUCUCGACGGCCGUGAGCGGCUCAUCGUACCCAAGCGCGGACAACAUCUACGUGCGCAUGCUGUUUCACAACGGGACCACGAGCAAUUCCUCCGAGCCGACUGUCUAUCCGUUGUUUGGGAGCAGGCAGAUGACGCUCAAAUGGAACGACUUCCAAGCUGGUCUCAACAAGUUUGCUCUUGGUACGACCCAGCAGUGGUGUACUGCGUGCGGUAACUUUACCGGCACUUGUGCGGCCUAUGCGUCCAACAGCAGCUCGUCCUCACCGUCGUCGUCUGGAUCAGGCGUGACGGCGAGCGACAAGAGCGGCAACGGAUUGAGCCCGGGGGUCAAUGGUGUCAUUGGCGCCAUGGUCACGCUGGCUGUCGUCCUGGGCCUGGAGGCGUUGGUGCUGUUGGUUGGUGGCUUAAGGGUAGUCAGCAAGAAGACGUUGGCAGGUAAGGAUGGGGUUACCCAUGUCGUUGAAAAGGGUGCGGGCAAGGCAUGAAUACGUAUGCGUGACGACGAUCUGGUUGUGUGGUCGAUGCUAUAUCAACAGUAUCCACUAUGAGGUCGCUUGAUGAAGUUUACG